GAAGAUAUGGCACAAUAUUUGCUUAAUAUUUGCCGAUAUGGCAAGCAUUAAGGAAAUUGCUAUAUCGAAAUUGGCUCUGGGUAUAAAAACAAAGGUGCCAUUGGUCUGGGCAAACAGUUGGCACUGCAAUGUCCACCCAGUGGCUUAAACAGCUCCUGCUCCUCACAAUCCUGGCCCAGUUGGGCGGAGCAGGUGAGAAUCGCAUUCCGUUGAACACCAAGGAGAGCUCCAACCUGAUGGUGAAGACGAGCGAGAUCCUCUGCAGAGCUCGCAUUAAAGUUCUUUUCGUAUACUUCGAAAACCAAACAUCGCACGAGCACACGGGUCAGAUUCUGCAGGAGGUGAUCAAGUGCAACAUAUCCUACAUAUCACUAAGGAAUCAGAAUGGACCCCUGCAGGUGGUUAAGGAUGAUGGCAUACUCAUGUACAUGGUGAUGAUCAUCACAAACAUAUCGCAACCAUUGGAACUGUCGCUGAUCCGGAAGAAAUCCGCCGCCAAGCACCGAUCGCAUGUUUUCCUCCUGGUAAGAGAUGCCCAAACCGUAUCCGAUGCCUGGAUGCGAGCUAGUUUUCGGCAGUUCUGGAAGAUCUGGCUGCUCAACAUUGUGAUCCUUUACUGGCGGGAUAAUCGACUGCAUUCGUAUCGCUACAAUCCCUUUACGGACAACUAUUUGAUACCGGUGGACCACGAACCGGAUGGAAUACCCACUUUGGACCAGCUCUUUCCCAAAAACAUACCCAAUAUGCAGAGAAAACCCCUGAGGAUGUGCAUCUACAAGGACGAUGUUAGAGCGAUCUUUUGGAAGCAGGGAAUCGUCCUCGGCACAGAUGGAUUGCUGGCGAGCUAUGUGGCCGAGAGAUUGAAUGCCACCAUGAUGAUAACCCGUCCGCACUCCUACAAUAACCACAAUCUCAGUUCGGACAUAUGCUUUUUGGAGGUGGCCAAGGAGUAUGUGGACGUGGCCAUGAAUAUACGCUUCUUGGCCCCGGAUACUUUCAAAAAACAGGCGGAGAGUACGGUUUCCCACAUGCGCGAUGAUCUGUGUGUGAUUGUGCCGAAGGCCAAGACGGCUCCUACUUUCUGGAAUAUAUUCCGAUCAUUCGGCACAUCGGUUUGGGCCCUGAUUCUAGCCUCUGUUUUGGUGGGCAACAUUUUCUGCUGCAUCCUGCAGGCUGGAGCAAGUGGUGUUCCCAUGCAACUCUUUGCCGGAGCUCUUACCAUGCCCAUGACCAACAUCCCCCGAAACCACUCACUACGCUUAUUUCUGAUCUUCUGGCUUUUUUUCGGACUACUCAUCUGUACUUCGUUCAGGGGAAAUCUAACCAGCAUGAUGGUGCUGCAGCCAUCUCUGCCGGACAUAAACCAGUUGGGUGCUUUGGCGGCGUCUCAGUACCGCAUCCUCAUCCGCCCGAGACACAUAAAACACAUUCAGCAUUUCCUGACCCUGGGACAUCAGCACGAGGCCAGGAUCCGGGAACUCAUGCUGGAAGUUCCAGAUAUCCAGAUGUACGAAAUGAUGAAGAACAAUGAUAUAAGAUACGCCUAUUUGGAGAAGUACCACAUCGGUCGCUUUCAGGUGAACAGCCGGGUGCACAUGCACCUGGGUCGUCCGCUUUUUCACCUGAUGAACAGCUGCCUGGUGCCAUUCCAUGCCGUUUAUAUAGUGCCAUAUGGAUCACCCUAUCUGGGCUUUCUGGACUCGCUAAUCCGGAGUUCGCAUGAGUUUGGAUUCGAGCGCUAUUGGGACCGUAUUAUGAACACCGCCUUCAUUAGUUCGGGCAUGAAAGUGGUCAAUCGGCGACGGGGCAGAAGUGGCGAUGAUCCGGUGGUGCUCAAGCUGGAGCACUUUUACGCCGUAUUCGCUAUGUGGCUGGUGGGGAUUGGGGUGUCAUGCAUUGUGCUGGCAUGGGAGCACUUGACCCACAACUACAACUGGGCGGUAACAAAGCGGCGGCACUAACUAUCGCAUGCAACAUGCAAUGGCGGUGAUGGUGAUGAUGAC